UUGUGUUGAUGUACUGCAUUUGUAUUUGAGGUUGAUAUCGCGAAUGAAAUCAAGCAUUUUCUUUUUAAUUUCAUGGAUCUGAAAUCAAUUGGAUGUAUGUUUGUUUUUCUUUGUUUGUUUUGGUUGAACAGCUGAAUAGUAGCCUUAAGUUCCAUUUUGUUUCUUUAUAGAUUCCCUUUUUGUUCGACAUUUGAUCCUUUUUUUUGGCACAUUGAUUAAAUGUGUUGUUUGCUGGCAAUAAGAUUAUGCAAGGCAUAAGGGACCUCUCUCACUACUUGAGGAUCUUAGAAGAAAGUGCAGCAAGAGGAAUAUUGAAAAGUUGGAAUUUGCUGACAGAUAGUUUAAAGGUCAAUUUGGUCCAAAAUUUUGGGAAAAGAUUGAAGAACACAGAAGCAAAAUGACAAGAUGCCAUAUCAAAUCACAAGCAAGAUGGCAUUAUGAAGUGGAAGAACGACCAUAUUCUUUUCUAGUCAAUGUUCAUGAGUGUACUUAUAGUUGUAGAGUUUGGCAACUCAAUGGUAUUCCUUGCAGACAUGGAAUGCUUGUCAUCCAACAUAGGGGUGAGGAGUAUGAAGAUUAUGUGCACCCAUGCUAUAGAAAGCAAGCUUACAUUGACACAUACAAAAAUUUUAUCAUUCCUAUUGAUGGAAUGCAAUUUUGGGUUGAUUCGGGUAUGCCUGAAAUUGAUCCUCCUAUUCCAAAAUAGACGCCAGGAAGGCUUAAGAAAAAAAGACAUUUAGAAGAAUGGGAGAUGGCUUUUGGAUCAAACAUGAGUAGGAAAGGUAGGGUCAUGACUUGUCAAGCUUGCUUCAAAAAGGGCCACAACUCAAGGAGAUGUCCAGUGAAAAAGCAAAAAUCUACCGUAAGUAUAAAAGCCAAAUCUUUGUUUGUUCUUGUUGAUUAAAUUUAUUUUUUUGUU